CCUCAGUUCCUCACCAGUUUAAUACAAGCACUACCAAGUGGACUUACAGAUACACUAACAAACUCAGUGUCUAAGAGCCAUGAAGGUCCUUGCUGUGCUCGUCCUAGCUGUUUUCACUGGCUGCAAUGCCAACCUUUUUUAUGCUGAUGCACCCAAGCCACAGCUGGAGGUGGUGACUGAUGCCUUCUGGGAUUAUGUUGCCAAAGCUACACAGACAGCUGAAGAAACCGUGAAGAUGAUUAGAUCAUCUCAGUUCGGACAGGAUGUCAGUGCCCGCCUGACAGAAAGUGUUGAUGCUGCCAACAAGUAUGCCGUCACCCUCCAGGAGCAGCUUCCACCUACAGCCCAGGACCUGAUCACCAAAGUCACAACAGAGGCUGAUGUGUUGAGAGAUCGUGUGAUCCAAGAGCUGAGCACAGUCAGAGAGAGGCUCGAGCCUUACACUGACAACAUUCAGACACAGGUCCAGCAGAAGGUUGAGCAGCUCAAACAGGAGGUGGCCACCUACACAGAUUCCCUGGACACUGAGGCCCUGAGGACCACCCUGACGCAGAAGAGCGAAGAGCUAAAGACCAGCCUGGAGCAGAGCAUGAAAGACCUGCAGACUCAGCUUGGUCCCUACACUGAUGACCUGAAGCAGAAGGUGGACCAGCAUCUGCAAGACUUCAAGGAAAAAGUGGCCCCCUUAACUGAGCGGGUGCAGAGUCAGAUUGCACAGAGAGCCCAGCAGGUGAAAGAAAUGGCCACCCCCUACGUUGAUGAGCUGAGGGAAAGGCUGGACCCAUAUGCUCAGGACCUCCAGUCUCGUCUCACCUCCCUUUAUGAAUCCUUUGUUAAAGCCAAUUAAGUUAACAUCCACCUCACAUGAAACAGAAAAAAGUGCAUCUAAAGUGCAUCUAAAGAAUUCCAAAUACCAAGGACAUGUUCCUGGUAUCUGGAAUUUA